UCAUCUAUGCCCGAUGAACUCUUGAGAGCCAACCUGGUGCAGGCUCUUCUCGAAUGUCUCCUCUACGGCAUCUACUUCGUCAUCUUCACACUAACCGUCCAUCUUUUUGUCGGUCGACAUGGGUUUCCACCCAAGACAAGACCGGCACGGCUUGUGCUUGCUGGACUGACGCUUCAAUUUGUAGUGAUAACUGGUCACUGGGUGAUCACGCUGUACCGCACAAUCUACGCUAUAGGGACUCUCGGUGGUGCUGUGGCAUUCUACUCUGACAUGACACAGCCGGCGUUCAUCGCAAACAUCGUCUUCAUGGUCACCAGCCAUACGAUCACCGAUGCGUUUGUGCUUCAGAGACUAUACGUCUUAUCCUCCCGCGACCGCCAGAUAAUUCUGUUUCCAGCCGCGUGUCUUGUUGUGCAGAUAGUAUCAGCGGCCGGAAUUGUCGUUCGAGCUGUGCUCGCUGAGCGCGGUGAAGACUACCUCUCCUUGUCAAAUAGUUGGCUUGCCUGCAAGCUGGUGACCUCGAUAAUAAUCAGCAUAUAUAGCACGAUUACAAUCUUUGCACAGCUGAUGUGGAUGGUGCGGGCAUUCCCGAUGCAAACGCGCAACGCGCAGCUGCGGUCACUCCUCGCCAUCAUUGUCGAAAGCGCUGCGCUGCAACUAGCCCUCACCAUCCUCAUUCUCGUCGCGUUCCAAGCACAAUGGGUCGCGGGCAUUUUUAUUUCGACAGGCAUCGCUGGGGUCACAUUUGGUAUCUGUACCGUGCUGCUACACAUGCGCAUUGGCCUAGGGUGGGCCAAGGACGACGAAACGGUCGUCGGCUCGUACGCCGCAUCGACCAUGAAACUUUCAACGCGGUCGGCGAGUGUCAGGAAAUUCGCGAUUGAUGAGGAAAGUCAGGCGAAUCAAAUAUUCACAAACGGAACGAAGUUCGGAGUUUGUGCUUAUGGGUGA